AAAAAAAAAAAAACGGUCGACGGCGAAGAUCCGAGCGGGACCGGAAUAGUCACGAUGAUUAUGAUGAACUCGCCAAGGAAUCAGUUUGUUCAGGGUAAAUAAAACUGGGAGAAUCAAGAAGAGUGGAAACUUCCGUAAGCAUUGAGAGUUGAAUCAGUUCAGGUAUUUUGGAAAAGUUAGCAACAGAUAAAGUUAAUACUAUAAAGUAAGAAACACUUUUAGACUUUGUUAGCGACUGGCGAGUCAAUAUUUGUCUAAUAAGUGGGGACAAGUUUGACGCAAGUGGCACACAUCAUUGGUUACAGAGAGAGAAUUAGGUAGGUGAUGGACAAGUCUACUAAAUAUAGCUUUUCACAAUUGAGUAUUGUUUUCUUUCUCUCUAAAGACACACCAGACCAAGAAACCAGGCACCAUAGUUACAAAACAAACUACUAGAAUGAUGAUUGCAAGCUCUUCUGGUAUUGUUUUCUUUCUCUUGUUGUGUUCCCUCGUUCUACACACUCUUGCAGCAUCUCCUAGGCUUCUUCACUAUUGCCGUCUUGACCAAAGGGAUGCUCUUCUCGAGUUCAAACACGAGUUCAACCACGACGAGUUUACAGAUCCAUUGUUAAGUUCGUGGAACCAGAGUAGUGAUUGCUGUCUUUGGAGUGGUGUCACGUGCGAUGCUAGAUCCGGCGAGGUGAUUUCACUUGACCUUGUUCAUGUCCUUCUUAACAACCCUUUGAAACCAAAUAGUGGUCUUUUCAAACUCCAACAACUUAAGAACCUAACUCUUAGUGAUUGCCGUCUCUAUGGAGAGAUUACUUCUUCACUAGGAAACCUUUCUCGUCUCACCCAUCUUGACCUUUCGAGUAAUCAACUGACAGGUGAAGUUCUUGCUUCAAUCAGUAACCUAAACCAACUUAGAGACCUUUUAAUUUCUGAUAACAGCUUUAGUGGUGAUAUACCUACUUCAUUUGCAAAUUUCACAAAGCUGUCUACUCUAGACAUCUCAAACAACCUAUUCACAUUGGAAAAUUUCCCUUUCGUACUACCAAAUCUAACCAGCUUGUCCUCCUUAAACAUUGCCUCUAAUCACGUUAAAUCCACGCUUCCAUCUGAUUUGAGCAGACUCCACAACUUGGAAUAUUUUCUCAUGCGUGAGAAUUCUUUUUCCGGGACUUUUCCUACAUCUUUGUUCACGAUUCCUUCGUUACAGUAUGUUGAUUUGGAAGGAAACCAGUUCAGUGGACAUAUAAAGUUUGGGAAUAUAUCUUCAUCGUCUAGUCUUUGGAAUAUAUACCUUGCUAAUAACAAAUUCGAUGGUCCAAUCCCUGAAUCUGUAUCUAAGAUUAAGAGUCUCAUAGCACUAGAUAUCAGCAACAACAACUUAGUUGGGACAAUCCCAACUUCUAUAUCAAAGUUAGUCAACCUCCAGCAUCUUAGUCUUUCAUACAAUAAGUUACAAGGCCAAGUACCAGGUUUCAUAUGUGGAUUGAUAACAGCGACACUUUCCCACAAUUCUUUCAACAGUUUUGGAAAGCCAUCAUCAUCUUCCGGCCGAGAAGGACUGUUUGAGUUGGAUCUUGGUUCAAAUUCACUUGGAGGACCAUUUCCGCAAUGGAUCUGCAACCAAAGGUUCUUAAAGUUCUUGGAUUUGUCCAACAAUCUUUUCAACGGCUCAAUCCCUCCUUGUUUUAAACAUUCAACUUAUUGGCUUAAAGGGCUUGUUCUACGUAACAACAGCUUCAGCGGGAUCCUUCCAGACGUAUUUGUCAAUGCUAGCAUGUUAUUCUCAGUUGACGUUAGCUUCAACCUGUUGGAAGGAAAACUUCCAAAAUCACUGAUGAAUUGCUCUGUUAUUGAACUUGUGAAUGUGGGAGGCAACAGAAUCAAUGACACUUUUCCAUCAUGGUUGGCUUCUCUGCGAUCGUUACGUGUCCUCAUCCUCAGGUCUAAUGCGUUCCACGGGUCUUUAUAUCAUGACCACGUAUCUAAUGGGUUUCAACAUCUGAGAUUCAUCGAUAUAUCACAGAAUGGUUUCAGUGGAACUUUGUCACCUUUGUAUUUUUCCAAUUGGCGUGAGAUGGUGACAUCUGAGAGCUCUGAUCUAGGUACGGGGGAAGUGUACAUGGGGGAGGAAGGGCCAGAGUUCAGCCAUAGUAAUUCGAUGACUAUGAUAUAUAAAGGAGUAGAGACAGAGUUCUUAAAGAUCCCAUAUUCGUUUAGAGCCAUUGACUUCUCUGGAAACAGAUUUAAUGGGAAUAUACCUGAAUCCAUUGGUUUGUUGAUUGAACUGCGUCUUCUCAACUUGUCAGGCAACGUAUUCACUGGAAGCAUCCCUCAAGCAUUGGCAAAUUUGACAAACCUCGAGACGUUAGACGUGUCUCGUAAUCAGUUGUCAGGUCACAUUCCUCGAGACCUUGGUAGCCUCUCUUUUCUUUCGACGAUGAACUUCUCCCACAACCUUCUCGAAGGUCCAGUCCCACAAGGCACACAGUUUCAAAGCCAGAACUGUUCUAUAUUCAUGGACAACUUCAAGCUCUCCGGUCUCGAGAAAAUCUGUGGCAAAGCUCAUGCCCCGAAUUCUACACCACGAGAAUCCGAGGAACUGUCGGAACCAAAAGAACAAGUGAUAAACUGGAUAGCAGCUGCUAUAGCCUACGGACCUGGUGUGUUCUGUGGAUUAGUUAUUGGACAUAUCUUUGCUUCACACAAACACAAGUGGUUCCGUCGAAACAAGCGCAGAGUAGUAGUCAUCAAAAGUGCUCGUUGAACACCAUCAUCUCUCAUAAUAUGUUCGUUGUGAAAUCUGUGAGUGUUGUUGUACUUUGUGUUUGUAAAUUUUUACCUUUUGGUAUUUGUAAUAAUAAACUGCUUCCGUCCCGUGGAAUCUAAUCAGAAGAUGAAAAAUCUCCAAUAAUUUUUGGACUA